AUGGGAUCCCCAUUGGCUGGACAACGCUUGAAAGGAUACCUUCCUGUUCGUCUUACGCUACCCCAGGUAGUGGAGGAUAUUGAGGAUGAAACGUUUUUGUUCGUGAAAGAACAUCAGUCUGGAUCAUCGGGUGGCACAACCGACAAAGGAACGACUCUGUUCGUUGCUAAUGUGCCGGUCGUACCGUCCGUGCAAACCAAAUUACUACUGCAGUCUAUUUUCGGUCGAUACGGAGAAGUAGCUCGUGUGACGGUUGUAGAGAAUCCGCGCAAAGAUCAACAACAGACUGGCGAAGAAAGGGCGGAGCAACUACUCGGCUCAUGGACAACCAAAUUCAGCCUACCUUCCUUUCUGGCACCGAUUCAUAACACCGGACGUUUCGCACACGUUGUUUUUACAACAACAAAAGAAUUGAAACGAACCAUGCAAUCUUUGGCUGAGGUAAUGGAAAAUAUAGAGGAAGAUAAUCAAGAGAGCUUACCCGGACUGACGCUUGACAAAAUUGAGUUACAAACGCUUGCCGAUGAGUCCGAACGCCGUCAACGUGAAGAGCAAGGUCUUGCCAGCGACAGCGAGAUGGAAGAAAGGCGGAACGACAGCAUCCCAGGAAUUCUGAAAGUUGCCGAACGCUAUCGGCGAAGCUGUCGAGCCAUUUCACGGAAUGCUUUGUUGGAGGAAUGUAACCGCGUGAUGCAAGAAUACGAGGACACGGAAGAAGAGAAUACUAGGGCCCGUCAAGCAGCAUUGAACGAACCCGAUGAAGACGGAUUCAUCACAAUUUUGCCAUCGUCUCAAGCGGGGAACAAGAGUGAACUGGAAAGCGAUCCGAGUGUUCAAAGGCGUCGAAAGGGACAGCAGCGAAGUCGAAAAAAGAAAGAUGGUGCUGGCAAGAGUGAACUCUCCGACUUUUAUCGAUUCCAGACAAAGGACAUUCGCAAGAGGACAUUGCAAGACUUGCGCCAGCGCUUUGAGGAAGAUCUGGCGAGGGUCAAGAGAAUGAAAGAGGAGAAUCAGUAUCGACCUUUUUGA